AUGACGGAGUCUGCGGUGCGCACAGACAUGCACCUCCCGAGCGUCUUUCUCUCGCCCGACCAAAACAGGCUCGUGAACGACAUCGUCGUCAGCUGGCUCGUGCUCGGCGAGACGCCGCCGGGCUUUCCACGCGGCGGGGUCGUCGCAUGGCCCGAUCGGCCGUCGCCGAAGGGCCCGGGGGAGGCGCAAGGUCCCGCGAAGACAGUCAAGGAUAUCAACACUGCGCGGGGGUACCCGCCGAAGUACGACCCUUCGGCGCGCGAGUUCGUGCAGAACUGGAUCGACGAGGCUCGGUCGCUGGCGACGGUGCAGCCGGGAUGCAGCGAUCCGGGGAGGACGCGCGGGCAGCGCAAGUGCCCGGAGAACUCUGGAUACUUUGAAGCUAUUCAACGGCAGCUGGGGGGGAGUGGGAUCGACACCCUGGAGGUGCUGGCCUGUCCGAUGAGUGGUGGACGCCACGUGCUGCUCGGCGUGAUGGUCCAGGCCGUCUGCAGGGGGAAGCGUGUGUUGGAACUCAUCAAUCUUCGAACGCACAUAUCUUUCGACGACCUCGUGAUUGGGAACUCCAGCGGGAAGGAAAACAGCUAUUCGGCGGGGUACUUUGGUGAGGGCCUGAAGGUCUCCAUCAACGUGAUGACGACGGCCGGCGCGGACGUCGGGAUCAAAACACGCAACGCAGAGUGGCGGUUCGCUCACUUGGACCCCAAGACGAUGCAGCCGUGCGCCGCAAAGAGCGCGACGCUUCAUGCAGUCUCCGUUCGACAGGCGAAGGGAGUCGAGCACGUCGUCGUCGCGGUCCAGUCAACGCAGGAUGUGCUCGGUGGGCCGUACUUGUUCCUGGAAGCGCCGUUGCCGCCGGCCUCGAUGCGCCGCGAUCCCGAGACAAAGCGAUUCGAACUCGUCUUGGGCCCCGACGCGCCUCAGAAGAUCAGCCUAUCAGGCCAGGUGGAAUUCGACGGACAGUCGGAAGAGUUCUCAGUAGAUGUACUCAUUGGGACGCAGUCUCGCGGAAAGAUUUAUGCGCACGGGAUUCUACUGAAGACCAAUGCUCGCCUGAGCUUCGGCAUCGAUUUCACUGGACCGUCCCACCAUCUCACAGAAAUUGGCGUGAAACGUGACAGAUCGGAUGUAGAUGUUGACAAGUUGAUCGCCGCCUUCGCCGAUCUCGCCCGCUGGCGGGGAACACAGGACGACCUCAUGGCCCACUUCGACGAGGUUGAUGCCACCCAGCGCGAUGGCGCAGUCAAAGUGCUGUACAUUUUUCUCUUCGACGCCCUCAACAGUGAUGCGGAAAGCAACGGUGAUCUCCUGGGCUAUAACGCCUGGGCGUGGACUCGACCUUCUGCGUUCCUGGAGCUGUGGAGGGGUCUGCUUCAAGCGCUGCGAUGGACACACAGGAACAACGACGUCAUUCCCGUGACGGCCUCCGACAAAGAGACGCGGAGCGAGGUGGAGCUGCUUUGGAAGCAGCCUGCGGAGGUCGGCAACAAGCUCUAUGAAAAGUGGCAUGGUCAAAAGGGCCUGCUAAAGCCUUUGGAUGAAUACUGGGCAGAAUUCAGAGCAGUCUUGAAGGACAUGCGGGAGGAGGACCAUUUCGCGGAGGCGCAGCAAUGGUGGGAAAAAGUCAAGGAGUACCUGGACGCCUUGCGCGCUGAUAUGGAGAAGCUGUUCCACGGCUUGGUGAAGCGUGAGGAGAUCAAGUUCCUCAACCUCAGAGGCGACGAGGGGCGGCACGGCAGAGUCCUCGUCUUUCUGCGCAGAAAGAGACCUGACGAGGAGAACCUGGUCGUGAUUGACAAAAUGUAUGUGUUCAACUUGGACGCGUGCCACGAGAAGCUCGAGGAGGAUUGGCAGACGCCGUGCCAGAACACUCAGCUUGGUGCGUGCGGCUGCCUGAGGAAUCUGAUUUUCGAAGAACUCAUCAAACAGUCGUCGAGAGAUGAACGGGAGAGGGACAAGAUUCGCCGUCGUGCAACAGCUUGCAUCUUGCGCCACGUGCCAACCGGUUACAUGCCCGACGAAUUGAAGCGCACGAAGCCGUUGGCGCAGACGAACGCGGACGCGCGGCGCACGCAGAGUGCUGCAACAAACAACGGGGAACAGACACAAGCCACAGGCGACAGCCCCCAGAAGGGCCAGAGGUCGGCUGUCGAGAGCCCACAGACGGAGUCAGGCGACCGGCACGGCUCGGCGGGAGGCAGCGCAGCGGGUCAGACGGGUUCGAGCCGCGACGGUGCGGUCGUCGAGCACACGGAGGCGGAGCCCCGUCGUGGCGAAACCGACUUCCGCGGGGUCGAGGACGGCGCAGGGGAGCCGGUUGGGUGGCACGAGGAUGUCAGAAGAGGGUUCGUCGCCUCGAUGGAGAGCGUGAGCCCACCUGACGGGCAAAUUCAUGCCCCAGGUGGGCUCACGCGUGUCGAAGAAACAGUCAGCUGCUGCAGCGGCAUCGACCUUACUUACGACUUGCUUGGCAUUUGCCUCGAUCCUCCCUUCACUGGCGGCAAGGAGGUCAGUGCGGGCGAGUCGUUUCCGGUUGGCAUCUGGACUAACGAAGCGACUGUGCAGGCCAAACCCGACGAGAACGAGGUGCGAACGCGGUCUCAGGGCCUCAGCAACGUCGUCUACUGGCUGCUCAGUGAGGUUUGUCGCGAAGCAUACGCGGUUGACGCGGCGGUCCUCAGAUACAACAUUUUCUACGAUCCGGCGUCGUCGAAUAUGGCUUUCAACCGGGGCGGCGGGCUGUGGUUCAACGCCGACUUCUUCGGCAGGAGAGGUCAGACACCGGAUGACGAGGUUCGCGAGUGGUUCCUGACCGUCCUCCACGAGCUGGCUCACAACCGCGUCAAGGGACACAACAGCGCGUUUGCGGGCGAGAUGGCGCGCCACACGCUGCACGUGGCGCCGUACUUCAACAAGCAUUUGGAAGACGAGCGUGGUCCCUGGCGCGAAGGGUUGCAGGGCGAUGUGCAGGGGCGGCUGGGAUCCCUGCGUGGGAAGAAGAGGGAGCCCACACAUUGA